UAAGGGGCGGAGAUAAGAGGGGCCGCCACCAUCUCCUCCAAUGGAAGGGAGACAGGGGCGGGCUUAAUGACGGAAGGAGCAUGGCGUGGAGACACCUGAAAAAGCGGGCCCAGGAUGCUGUGAUCAUCCUGGGGGGUGGAGGACUUCUCUUCGCCUCUUACCUGAUGGCCACGGGAGAUGAGCGUUUCUAUGCUGAACACCUGAUGCCGACUCUGCAGGGGCUGCUGGACCCGGAGUCAGCCCACAGACUGGCUGUUCGCUUCACCUCCCUGGGGCUCCUUCCACGGGCCAGAUUUCAAGACUCUGACAUGCUGGAAGUGAAAGUUCUGGGCCAUAAAUUCCGAAAUCCAGUAGGAAUUGCUGCAGGAUUUGACAAGCAUGGGGAAGCCGUGGACGGACUUUAUAAGAUGGGCUUUGGUUUUGUUGAGAUAGGAAGUGUGACUCCAAAACCUCAGGAAGGAAACCCCAGACCCAGAGUCUUCCGCCUCCCCGAGGACCAAGCUGUCAUUAACAGGUAUGGAUUUAACAGUCACGGGCUUUCAGUGGUGGAACACAGGUUACGGGCCAGACAGCAGAAGCAGGCCAAACUCACAGAAGAUGGACUGCCUCUGGGGGUCAACUUGGGGAAGAACAAGACCUCAGUGGACGCCGCGGAGGACUACGCAGAAGGGGUGCGCGUGCUGGGCCCCCUGGCCGACUACCUGGUGGUGAAUGUGUCCAGCCCCAACACCGCCGGGCUGCGGAGCCUUCAGGGAAAGGCCGAGCUGCGCCGCCUGCUGACCAAGGUGCUGCAGGAGAGGGAUGGCUUGCAGAGAGUGCACAGGCCGGCAGUCCUGGUGAAGAUCGCUCCUGACCUCACCAGCCAGGACAAGGAGGACAUUGCCAGCGUGGUCAAAGAGUUGGGCAUCGAUGGGCUGAUUGUUACGAACACCACCGUGAGUCGCCCUGCGGGCCUCCAGGGUGCCCUGCGCUCUGAAACAGGAGGGCUGAGUGGGAAGCCCCUCCGGGAUUUAUCAACUCAAACCAUUCGGGAGAUGUAUGCACUCACCCAAGGCCGAGUUCCCAUAAUUGGGGUUGGUGGUGUGAGCAGCGGGCAGGACGCGCUGGAGAAGAUCCGGGCAGGGGCCUCCCUGGUGCAGCUGUACACGGCCCUCACCUUCUGGGGGCCACCCGUUGUGGGCAAAGUCAAGCGGGAACUGGAGGCCCUUCUGAAAGAGCAGGGCUUUGGCAGAGUCACAGAUGCCAUUGGAGCAGAUCAUCGGAGGUGAGGACAGUGUCUGACGGGAAGCCUGAUCUGGAACCUUCCCAAGGACUGAGGCAAGCCUUUGUGGCUGGAUCAUGAGAGGAGGGACUCCAUCUUGAGCCAUGUCCCCCAGCCAUGGCAUGGCUGCACUGUAAACGCCAAUCGGGGGGUCACCAAGAUCAACCGCAGGCUUUCUUCAGUCCCUUGGUCAGACCAUAAACUGCAUUUUUGAUUCUUUGUGGAUUCAAACCCUAGGAUCCAUCAGUCUUGCAAGGACAUUGAAUAUUAGGAGGAAACAGUCAUGGAAAAAAUAAAGCCAUUUAGAACCUGG